CAACUAUUGCCUUCUUCCUCUUCAGUCAAAAAUCAGCUCAACGCCUCCCUGAGAAAACCACGAUGUCUACUUAUACCAUCGCCAGCGGCGACACGCUGUGGAAGAUCGCCACAGACCACGGCGUCACCCUGCAGGCCCUGACAGCGGCCAACCCGCAGGUCACCAACCCGGAUCUGAUCCAUCCGGGGCAGGAACUCAACAUCCCCCAGAGCGAGGCCGCUCCACCGGCUCAGAAUGCUCCAGCCCCGGCGCCAGCAGUCAGUGCCUCUCGUGAAAUGACCGGUGGGGGUUAUGCAGGCGCAAGCGUGCCUCCUGCUGCCAUGCCUCCACCUCCCCCGCUGGCGUCUCCGGCCGAUGCCUGGAAUUCUGGCCGGCCAGCAUUCAAGACCGUCGCGUAUUUUACGAAUUGGGGUGUUUACGGUCGCAACUAUCAACCUCAAGACAUCCCCGCCAAUCACAUCACCCAUAUCCUCUAUUCCUUCGCCAAUAUCCGUCCUACGGGUGAAGUCUUCUUAACCGACACCUACUCCGACCUCGAAAAGCACUACCCCACCGACUCCUGGGAUGAAAGCGGCGAGAACGUCUACGGCUGCAUCAAGCAGCUCUUCCUGCUCAAGAAGCAGCACCGCCACCUGAAGACCCUGCUCUCCAUCGGCGGCUGGACCUACAGCGCCAACUUCGCCGGCCCCGCCUCCACCCCCAGCGGCCGGCAGACCUUCGCGCGCUCCGCCGUCCACCUGCUCGCCGACCUGGGCUUCGACGGCAUCGACAUCGACUGGGAGUACCCGCAGGACGAGGCGCAAGCCUACAACUUCGUGCUCCUGCUGCAGGAGACCCGCGCCGAACUCGACCGCUACGCCGCCUACUACCUGCAAGGCAAGCGGCUGCUGCUGACCAUCGCGGCGCCGUGCGGGCCCUCCAACUACUCCAAGCUGCGCAUGCACGAGAUGGACCCCUUCCUCGACUUCUGGAACCUGAUGUGCUACGACUUCGCGGGCAGCUGGGACUCCGUCGCCGGCCACCAGGCCAACGUGUUCGCGCACCCGCAGCCCGGUCUGACGCCCUUCAGCGCCGACGCCGCCGUCGUCGCGUACAUGCGCGGCGGCGUGCACCCCAGCAAGAUCAUCUUCGGGCUGCCGCUGUAUGGCCGCGCGUUCGAGAACACCAGCGGCCCCGGGCGCCCCUUCCAGGGCGUCGGCGAGGGGUCGUGGGAGAACGGCGUCUGGGACUACAAGGCGCUGCCGGCCGAGGGCGCGCGCGAGUUCACCGACCCGCAGCUGAUGGCGAGUUGGAGCUUCGACCCCGCCAAGGGCACGGUGAUCAGCUACGACACGCCUGAAGUCACGGCGCUGAAGACGGAGUAUAUCCAGCGCAGGGGGCUGGGAGGCGCCAUGUGGUGGGAGCUGAGUGGCGACCACCCCGUGCAUCAUGAGCGAAGCUUGAUUCGCAUCACGGGCGAUGCGUUGGGCAGAGGGGGCGGGCUGGAUGGCAGCGAGAAUACCCUGAUGUAUCCGGGUAGUCGGUAUGAGAACCUGCGCAGGGGGUUUGAGUAGACAGGUAGAUUCUGAGUAUUUUUGGUAGUUAGGCAUGUAUAUACAGUCGAUUGGAUAUAACAAAUCCGACCGGCGUAUUCUAGUAAAAGAAAGAAAAAAUAUAUACAGAGAGAGU